AUGUCUUCUGCGCCUGUCCCACCGGCGCUGCGCAAGAAGGUGCUGCGCGUGCUCUUCAUCUCGCUGCUGCUCGACCUGAUAUCCUUCACCUUCAUCCUGCCGCUGUUCCCCAAGCUCCUCGAAUUCUACCGCGACCACGAAGCCGCACAGAACCAUGCUACGCCCACGCUCCUCGCGCGCAUCCUCAGCGGGCUCAAUGCGUACAAGAACUCGUUCGCCAGACCCAUCAACGACCGCUACGAUAUCGUCCUCCUCGGCGGGGCCCUUGGGUCCCUGUUCUCCUUCCUCCAGGCCAUUGCCUCUCCUAUAAUUGGCACUCUGUCCGAUCGUUACGGGCGGCGCACGGCGUUGCUGUGGUCUAUGACUGGCAAUGUGCUGAGCGUCGCGCUGUGGGUCGCCGCGACCGACUUCCGCACAUUCCUGGCGAGCAGAGUCGUGGGAGGGCUGAGCGAGGGCAAUGUACAGCUGGCCAUGGCGAUUGCGACCGACAUCAGUGAUGAGAGCCAGCGCGGUGCAACCAUGGCACUAGUGGGCGCAUGCUUCAGCAUAGCCUUUACAUUUGGGCCGACACUGGGAGCGUGGCUGUCGAGCAUCGAGAGCGUGAAGGCGAACCCGUUUGCGACCGCGGCGGGCUUUUCGCUUUUCCUCAUCGUGUCCGAGACCUUGUAUCUCUACUUCUGCCUGCCCGAGACGCUUCCGAGUGCCGCGCCCGCGGUAGACAAGAACCACGCGAACGGCAAUGGGACGAAGAAGGAGGAGCUUGAAAAGCCGCGCGUGCGCACAAAUUCACACUUCAUCCUCAACGCCACCCACUUCUCUUUCAUCCUGUUCUUCUCGGGCAUGGAGUUCUCCCUCCCCUUCAUGACCUACGACCUCUUCUCGUACCAGUCCAAAGACACGGGCCGCCUUCUCGGUUUCAUCGGGCUCAUCGCGUCGCUUCUGCAGGGCUCCGUCGUGCGCCGUACACACCCGCUCAAAGUCGUGAAAAUGGGCGUUGUAAGCUGCACUAUCGCCUUCUUCAUUCUCGGCCGCGUAGAGUCCCAAAAGAUGCUGUACACCGCCGCCGCGCUGCUCGCUGUUACUAGCGCGACAGUAGUGACUGGUCUGAACAGCCUGAGCAGCUUCGAAGCGAGCGCAGAUGAGAGAGGAGGAAAGCUAGGGAACCACAGGAGUUUCGGGCAAAUUGGGCGCUCCCUCGGGCCCCUGAUCUUCUGCUCGCUGUACUGGUGGGCUGGACGCGAGACGGCGUACGCAGCGGGUGCCGCGGGCAUGAUUGCCGUGUGCGCGCUGGUCUUUGGUGGCUUGAAGGUGCCACCAGGGACGGAGACGGUGAGGAAGAGCAAGGCCAAGGCGACGUAA